CACAUGUCCCAGAGCCAACGGAGCAUCCGAAACUAUUUCGAAACUAUUCAACUCUACUGGCAGCCGUCCCCAUGGCAGUCAGCUGGGGCACCUGUGCCGUCUGUGCAAUUUUUGGAGAUUGGUGGUGCUUCUCUAUGAUCCUCCUGGGUAUUGUAGCCAACGGUCUUGCGUGUUUUGUCAUCGGCUCUGGGACGUUUACCUUCGUUCGUCCCAAGUCAGCUGUAGGAGCUCCUCCUGGUGAUGGACUGCUGGUGAUCGACAAAGGCAUGGUGGUCUUGCGGGGUGAUGAAGACGCCGUUAAUACAAUCACCAGGGGCAGAUUCUCAUUACGAUAUAGCAAUGAGCCGGAGUAUCACAGCGUUGGACUAUGUUCCAUGUUAUUGACCGUUCAGUUCUUGGCCCAACUACUCCUGAUUCCCCAAGGCACUCUUUUCGGCCAGUUCAUGUUUUUGAUUUCACUGGCCUUUUCCUGGAGCUAUAGUUUGUGGCUUUCAUCGAUCG